AUGAAAUCUGUCACGAAGUACUUAGUUGCUCCGUGUAAGCACACAAUGAUGAUCUUCUCAACUUAUCUUAUCGUUUUACUAAGUAUCUUGGGUCUUGUUUUAACUACUCCCGUUAAACAAAUUUCUUUAAAUGACAAAUCUGAGGACGUUACAUUAGAACAAGCGUUCCGCAAAGCAGAAAAAACCCUCCAUCGUUAUUAUUAUUUAAUGAAUUCCGAUAUCGAUCAUCUUGUCCACGGUAUGUUACAUAUCCUAAUGAACCAUCCAACGUCGUUUCCAUUCAUUCCGUACCGCGCUAUGGAUAUAGCGUUUAAAAAUGUGGCACAGAAAUUAGGCGAAGAAGAAGUGAAUACGUUAACCAAACCGCUUCUUUUGGCUCUUGAAGAACAUCAUCAAACGAAGUCGAAACAACCAAUGACGUUUAAAUUAAGCGACGAAACCAAGGAGAAAAUCGAAGAUGCUCUGGACAAGUUUUUAGAUGAAGGUGAAUUUGACGCACAUUUGUGA